AUAGAUAUUUUGCUGGUUCUGCUGUGAAAAAACCUGAGAUAUCAUGCUUACUAUUUAUAGUUAAACUAGGUCAGUAAUAAUGAUAUAGCUUCUCUCAUAAAUCACAUAAAAGUAGUGUUAAGGGAUGAUGCUCAAUGGGAAUAUUUUUAUCCCAUACUAUCUUCAUUCGUAAUAUUGACAAUGACCAUGGAACUCUUUCCUUUUUGUUGAGUAACUAUUCUUUCUAGUGUUUUACAGAAGCAUUUAGAUAUGUGAAUAUGUUAAGAAAGAAUCUUUUUUUUUUUGUUACACUGACUAAACAGUUUUUUGUUCUUUUUUCUAUGGCUUUUGCGGGAGGUGCUGACGAUAGAAACAAGUUAAUGCUCAGAGGUUAUUUUGAUGAGCAGAAUUGAGAUACCAGUUUUGCUAGCCAUUGGUUUCAUAAGACAGCCCUACGAGAAGCCAAUGGCCAACUCUGUUGAAAACCUUGAUACAAAGAUGUUGGGCACCUUAUCAAAGAAGUGAAAGGAUGGGGACAUUCCCACUUCAGAGGAAUUAAUAGGACGUACUUCAAGUACAGCUGGAAUAUCAACUUUGAUUUACAUAGUUUCGUACACUACAACAUGGGAAAAUUACAAGUCUGACUCCUAAAAUCAGUUCUUUUGAUGAGCAAAAUUCCAGAAAACAGUUAAGGUAGCCUUUGGUUUCAAAAGACAGCCCUACAAGAAGCCAAAGGGCAAUUCCAUAGGUAACCUUGCUACAAGGCUGUAGGGCAUCUUAUCAAAGAAGUCGGAGGAUAAGGAAAUAUCUGUUUUAGAGGAAUUGAUCAGAUGUAUUUCAAGUACAAAUGGAAUAUCAACUUUGAUUCACAGUUUUCGUACACUACAACAUUGGAAAAUCACAAGUCUGACUCUUAAAACCAGCACUCGAAGGAGCUGCUGAUGAUAGAGGCAACUUGAUGCUCAAAGGCCAUUCUAGAUGAUGCACAUGGAACAAACGUAGAUGAUCUACAAAGGUUAAAGAAAAAUGGAAAUGUAACUAUGUACGGAUGAUUAUUCCUCAACACAUAAUUCCCUCAGAUCAGGUUCUCUUGGUAUUACAUAACUUUUAUUCCUCCUUAGUCUUAUUCAGAUUACUGGUGCUGUUCUGAACAUCAAUUGCACUAUUCUGUACAAGUCAACUUUUGCUUUGGGAUAUGAUAUCAUGAUAAAUACAUUGUCUAUAAGCACCAAAGAAAUUUUGUCACAGUAUGAGCAUUGCAGUAUGCAUAUCAGCAUUUUAAUUGAUUCCUUUUAGAUUUAUCUAAAUACAAAAGUUUCAGAAACAACCUAAGUUGGCCUGUGAUUGUAAAAACCGGCCUUACCGGAAGCCAACAGUCAAAUUUAUAAAAAGCUUUCUUAUCAAAAUCUGAGAGAAUAAGGACUUGUCCAUUUUACAGGGAAUGGAAUCUAGUACUUCAAGUACAGCUAGAAUGUCAGCUUUAAAGCAUUUGUUUACUCCAAUAUAGAAAAGUAAAUCACGACACUGACUCAUAAAAUCUAUUAUAUGCUCUGAUAUUCUGUCUUUUUUUCUUGUUAUCAGAAAGCAGAAAAAAUGAGGCAAUUUGACAUAGCUAGUUUUGUUUCCUAGAACUUGUGUGAUGUGACAAACUCAGAUGAAUUUACUCUUUAGUACUGUACAAUGAAACCAUGGAUUGCAUUAUUAUAUCUCAUAUUAUACACAUUAACUAAUCUUAAUUAAAGAAAUUACCCGAGAAUCAAGGGUUGGGGAUUAGCAUGCAAUUUCAUCAUCUUAUGCGAUUUUUAUUCAAGAUAGGUUUUGUUCUCUUGCCGUUAAUUCUUUUAUACUCAAAUUUCAAUGUAACCAAAUGGUGAUAAUGUGGGAAGUCUGUAUCCCUUGAUUAUUUCUUAAAUUAACAAAAUCUUAGGUCACAUAGCUGAAGGAAAUGUCCAUUUGGCUGUAGUUGUAUCAUUUAUGUAUAAUAUGUUUCUUCAAGCAUUUCAUCUUUUGGCAGUGGAAUGGAUAUAAUUUGUAUAAAUAAAUAUGUUCAGUCUCCUGUUCUUUUCUGGAUGUAUCCUCUUCUAGCUCAAAUAUUGAAUAGCCAUCCUCUAUAAUUUGUGGAUUCCUAUAGAGAAUGGCUAUACAAUAUUCUCUUCACUUUUAGGUGUUGCAAAGUCAAUUUUCAUGGAUUCCUGUGGUUUUUGUUUCUUGUGUCAUAGUGGAAGUAUUAAAUAUGACAAACGUCCUUGUUUCUUUACAGAAUAUGGAGAACUUGGAUGAUGUAAGAGUUCAUAUUCCCGUAUAAUUUUUUUGUGGAUGAAAAAUAGAAAAUUAAAGUAUGCCUUUUGGUCGAAACUUCCUGAACUUAUCCUCUCAUAAAGAUUUCUUGAAUGCAGAAAGGAGUCGCCUUAGAACAUGCUUAUAAAUAAGGCCAAACUUAGCAUUCUUUUUUCAUCUCAAACCAUACGAGUCUCUUCACCAAGUAAUACCAUUGCAGUACAUAUUUCAACAUUUUCAUAACUAUUAUCCCUCUAACAAAAAGAAAUUUCCCUAAAAAAACAUGGAUAUUGUGAAGGAUUUGGUACAAGAAAGGCCAGUGGUAAUUUUCAGUAAGACCAACUGUCCUGUAAGCCACUCUAUGAUACAGCUCAUUAGUGGCUUCGGUGCUAACCCUACAGUAUAUGAACUUGAUCAAUUGCCAAAUGGUCGAGAUAUUGAGAGAGUUAUACAGAUGAUGGGUUGCAAACCGAGUGUACCAUGUAUCUUCAUUGGUGGAAAUUUUGUUGGAGGACCCAAUGACGUGCUCAGCCUUCAGGUGCAAGGCAGACUUGCACAGAUGCUAAUGGAUGCUGGAGCUAUUUGGCUCUGGAACAGAAACUAGUUAACUCUAUUCAAACUUAGCUUGUGAAAAUAUGACAAGGAGGUUUUAGGGUCAAUUUUGUAGAGGAGUUGAUAUCAUAUUAUGUCUAUAGCUAAGAUGAUGCAAAUAAGGGUCUUCUAUAGUGCCUUGUUUUUUCCGAGCAUUAUCAGAUUCUACAACAUCCCAUUACCCCAAUGUCAUUAAUUUGCUUCCAUCUAGGGUGGGGUUUGGGGUGUCGGACGUACGCAACCUUACCCUUGUUAGCGAUAACACUAACAAGAGGUUGUUUCCGAUUGACCAUUAGUAACAAACAUCAAGUGCAACUUCAAAUAUAUAAGAAGUGCGCAUGAUAUAAUGAGCCAUUUACCUUAGAAUUUUGUAUGUCAUAUCCUCCUUCCAUCCAGAAAGGGGAGAAUGCCGUUUUGUUGUGUAAGCAAGUACUCGUGUAUGUUUACUGAGAACUGAAAUAAUAUUUGAGUUUAGAACUGAAAAUUUUGAGUCAAAUGCACAUUCUUGAUAAAAAAAGAUGAUAUGCUUCUGUAGAUUGUCUCUUAAUCAAUUAGCAAGUAUAAUUACAAUUGUAACUGCGUAUUGCAAGAUAAUAAAAUCAUAUGCUUAAUCACCACUAGCAUACAAUUCAAAUAUAAACUGACUACAUAAAUGAUUAAAGCAACAUUAGUCUAAGCCAAGUUUUCAGGAUCAAAGAUCAGGUUAAAUCUAUCAUUCUUCUAUUUCAUUUUGAAAUGCUUAUAAACAUACUUGAAAUUUUCUGAGCACGAUAUAGCUACUGUCAAGGCAAUUGUUCUAAACAACUAAUGUGAUUAUUUCAGAACAGUCUGGUACAACGUGCUAUACUCUUUUUAAUGUCUUAUAUUUUUGCCUGCUCUAGCUGACUGAGAGCAAGUGUUAACAAGGUUUUGGAUACAGACGUGAAGUGAGGAUUUUAUACGUUUUACUGUUCAUGCUUCAAGUCUUUCUGUACAUACUUUAUUUCGAUCAGUAUUAAAUUCUUGAUUACACUAGUCCUGAACCGCUCAAAUGAAUAUUUGAUUGUUCUUUGUUGUAGAUAGUUUCAUACACCAUGCUUGUAUUUAAUUUAUGAUAACAUGAAAUUUCUUUAGAAGAUUGUCAUUCCUGUUAUUAUAAUCCUUUGAUAUCUAUCAUGUUUCCCAGAUCUAACAAGUGUCCGUAUUAAAUGAGUCUAAUAGCUAAACAAAUUGCCUUUUAGAUUGGAAAUUUUUUAUUUAUCCUAUGAUGGUCUUAAAUAAUAAUCAAAUUGGAAGUUUCUGAAGAGAUCAGACUAACAUUUUACUAUAGAAGAGGUUUAUUGUACAGUUAAGGCUGUAAUCUGUUAAGAUAUCUUCUAUGCAUGAGCUUGCACCUAACGUUGAAUGGAAUGUCAGAUUGGGUUACUCUAGAUAAUUAAGAGGAUGAUAUUUAAUUUUGAAAGAAAAAUGGAUACGAGGAUGUUUAAGAUAUCUUGUCCAGGUAUUAAACUAACUUUGGACUCUCUUUUCCUUUUUAGAGAUGGUGUGAUGCUUCUUGUGCACAGAAUCGGCUGUACAGGCUACGUUGUACUUAGUAUAUAGCAUAAAAUCUCACUGUAAUAUCUUCUGCUCUCAAAUCUGCCAUCAUGUACAUGUAAUUAGUAGCUAUCUUUGCUCAUACUAGCACUAAAGUAUAAAUACUAGCAUCUUAUUUGAUUCCUUUCAGCUUUAUCUAAGUAUAAAGAUUCCAUUCUUGUUUUGAAAAACCAUGUUCUUUUGAUGAACAGAAUUCUAGAAACCAGUUAAGUAAGACGGCCCUACGAGAAGCCAAAGGGUAAUUCCAAAUCAACCUUGCUUCAAGCAUGUAGGGCAUCUUAUCAAAGAAGUCAGAGGAUACGGAAAUCUCCGCUUUAGAGGAAUUGAUCAGAUGUACUACAAGUACAACUGGAAUAUCAGCUUUUGUUCACAUAGUUUUCGUACACUGCAACAUGGGAAAAUCACAUGUCUGGCUCCUAAAAAUCAAUGGCACUAGGAGCUGUAUGUGUAUAGGCUAAAUUCCCUAGCUUCCAACUUACUGAAAUACAAAGUUUGGAAGCAGGGACACCUGGUCUAAGUCCUAGCUUUUGGAGUGCACUCUCUACUUCUUUCCCGUUAGACAUUUCAUCGAGCUGAUAGACAGUUGCAUUUGCUCCGUAGCUGCUGAUGAGUUGCAUCACUGAGUGGCUUAUGCAGCA